AUGAGCCUCGUUUUGUCACCUCCAAAGCUGGUGCUCAUCGCUGUGCACCUAGCCAUCAACGCCAACAUUGACAGCUUGGCCUUUCUGACUUCCCGGCAUGCCGCCGUUUUGCGCAAGGAUCUUGUUCUGCGCAUCCUUCUGACCUACCUACCUGAGACGGUCAGGUCGGCAGAUUAUGUUGGUUUUCUCGAAGAACUCUCGUCGGGAGAGUUCACGGAUCGCGAAGCGGGCGAGAUCGAUUACGCGGUCGUGGAGAAUCUGUCCGACGACGAUGCCGUGAAGAAGGUUCGCAAGUUGCACUUGCUACCGCUGGCUUGGAAGGACGCGCAUUUUGAGACGGAAGACGACCCGAUAACUCUGUUUCUGCUCCGGAGAGCACACCGUGUCGACGAAGAGGCUGGACUGCUCGCACAACUACCUGAAUUGCUUGGACCCUUUUUGCAGUACGCCCCGGGCAUUCGCGUGUGGAUGGUGUCGACUCUGCUGCCGCUGUUGAGGAGGAACUACGAAUACUACCCAGCCGAAAGCACACCGUAUACGCUCGCCGAGUUCCAAAGUCUUCCCGAUGGGGCCGCAGUGCAUGCUCUUCUUUCUCAGACAGGAGUGCGGCCGGAGCACAAUGCGUUUAUUGGGCGGGACUUGAGAGGUCUUAUUGUGCCGUGGCUGCAUAGCGACGCACGGUGGAAGAAUGCCGGAGAUCACAAUGGGAGCGACUCCUCAAACGAUGGUCUCUACAGCCCAGGCUGGGAACGAGUUCUCGAGUGGCUCAUGUCCCAAAGUUCUAGCACUUGGAGGGUGGCAGUGGCCGCCAUCGAGCAAUGGGGAGGUGCAGUGGAUGUCGAUCUAGGCGACUACGACUCUGUAUGGCUCAACGAGCAACAGCAACAAUACGUGGAUCGUCGGUACGCUCGAGCCGUUCUGGCUUGCGCAUAUCUGGUUCCGGAGGCCACCGUCGAAGCACUCGAGGGUGCUCACCAGAUGCUCAGAAAGGUCAUGGAUCUUCUAGGGGAGGAUGACACGCUCCCGUUGCGCGCAGCAGCGGACUCUCUAUCAGCAGUCUCCUUUUUGGAAGGGGCUGGCACACUAAGUCACAAAAACACAGCCUUUAUGCGGGACGACCUGCUCAAGGAGACCAAUCCCCUAACAACUCCCUCGAAAAAGUCAACACAUUUGCUUCAUGCUCUCGUCGUUAGUGCUUUUAUUUUGACGAGGUUUGGACUACCCUGCACAGUCAAGCGAGCAGGAGAUUUGGCUUUCAUCCAAGACGAGAGAGACCAAAAAGCCGAAGCCAUUAAACUUGUGCAUGCGGUUGCUGAGCAGGCACCGAAGCACGAUGAGAGUUUCUGGAUAACGGCACGAAACGAGCUCCUUUGGCUUCGGAACUGGGGCAUCACCUCAAUAGACGGCCUGGUGCUGGGAGUAUUUGCAAAGGUCAACACAGAUUUCAUUGAGACGGAGAUUCUCAAGUCUCUUCUGGCCAGUGGACGAUACUCUUUGGCGAAGUCAUUAUACGAAGAUGUCGGCGAAAGGCCGCUGUCUGCUGAACUUCUCCAAGAAACCAUAGUCGCAGCAGCUCUGAAUGCCUACGACAAUGCAUCAAACCCGAACCGCACAAGAGGUGGACUGAAGAAGUGCGAUGACAUCAUCAACGCAUUUCCGCAAACCAUCCACAAGUCUUUACCCGAGCGACUCCGGAUUGAUGCGUUGCUGAAGGCUACACAUGCUCUCAGUGACUACCGCCUGGUCCUCAGGCAAGGCGAGCCCUUUAGCCCCGUCGUGCUUCGAGUACACUCCGAUCCGGUCUCGAUUAUCGGCAAAGUAUUAGAGCAGAACCCACAGAGCUAUACACGCCUACAGGCCUUGGAAGAGGUGGGCACAAACAUGGUGCGAGCGGGACUUGUGGACCGAAACAAAAAGAGACCGGCCACCCAGACUCGAGAGGACGAACUGUCACAUAUCGACGCGACAGAAAAACGCGUUACGGCGAUGUGCAUCGAGGCCGCCCUGAAAGAAGACGAUUUUGAGACGGCAUAUUCUUACGUGGUCAACCGGCUUAGUGGCAAAGCAGACAACUCCGUAUCGACCGCCACGGUGAAGUUUGACGACGAUUGGUCUUGGAGAGCUGCUCUGCAAGCGGGACAGUACAUCAGAACGACGCGAUCAAUACGCCCGUCCCAUCUGGGCAACGCGAGCGGUAACCUGGAGAUUCGGCACCUGGAACAGCGCAUCGAUUGUCUAGCCACCGCGCUGCGCAUCGCUCCGCCCUCGCAGCUUCAAGAAAUCCUCAAGACUUUCCGACGCUGUGAGGAACAGCUCGAUUCGGCGCUCAAGGAGGAGGCCGCAAGGGAGGCAGACAUGGACAACGCCGCCGAUAUUACGUCGCAUAGCAUGCCCGGAGGCUUCGAGUCAACUCCCGCGGCGGUUCGCUCUCACCGACCGACGGGCAGUCAGACUCGGUCGAUGGCUGCGGCCAAAGGAGGCGACGAUGCACCAAUGUCACUGUUCGACCUAUCGCGUGCCACGGCCCGCGCGGCAUCACGCAACUUUGGCGCGCUUUCGACGCUGCAGCAAUCUGCCGGGGGCAAGGCCCCUACUCCCGCAGGGUCGACCACCAGUGGGGAUGGAGAGACACACGAUGACCAUCCCAGGGCGAGGAAGCGUGAUCAGCUUCGCGAUGCUGCCAUGGGAACCUUGACUUCGGGUGUUGGCUGGCUCAUUGGUGCACCAGCACCGAAUGAUCACCGCGCGACUAGAGAUGACUGA